UUGUAAACAAAGCGUUCUGUGCUCCUCUUUACCUGCUAAAUGUCUUCUACUAACUAUAGUGUAUUUUUAAACAAAUUAUGUUAAUUUUUAUAUCAAAUACACAUUAUUUAUCAUUCCAAAUGAUAUAUUAUUUAAGCUGAUAGUUACAUUCCAAUUGUACAGUCAUUUAAACCUAAAUGUAACAGAAGGAAAUAAUGUCAUGGACGCUUCGCAUGUUGUCAAUCAAGAACUACAAAUUCCAUAUGAGUAUAUGACAGCUCAUUCAAGACCUGAAAGAGUAAAAUGCAUCGUACAUAUUUCAUGGCUCAGGAGCAUUUUGACCGCCGGGGAGCUGUCUCAAUUUGUUAAGCAUGAAAAACUUAGCGCCGCUGAAGUUUGUGCUUGGUUAAAGCAGGGAGAGAACUUCGGUCCCCUGUGGCAAAAACUUUUAAUUACUGUGAUAGAUAAGCCAAAUAAAACUGUGAUCCCUCUGCCUAGAGCCAGGUGAGCUAAACCUGAUGUUCAGUUAACCUUUUCUCAGACCUGCAGCUAUGUGGCACAAACUAACUAUAAGAAUAUCUGGAAGGAGGCCUACAAAAAGUACUCGAAUUCGUCAUUCAAUGGCAAAUUGCAGGACCGUCAGUGCAAAAUAAACCUAAUCGAUUGCGGUGAGGUUCUACGUGAGGUUAUAAGCAGAGCCUAUGGUUGUCCAAUCAUAACCCUUAAUAGUAACGUCACCGCAGAACAGCUGGAACCUAACAGUGGGUUCGAACCCCACCCAAAUCUGCUACCCGCUCUUAUUACACUGGAGACUGAUCGCAAUUUUCUUAUUAUACAGGAGUUGGAAUACGAACACUCACUGCUCGACUGCGUUAGAUUCAGUCCGGCCGUUUUGUCCGGUGGAUAUUCCAAGCCUCUGUUCAUAAUCUACCAGCUGUUACGGCUUAUGAGACAACUGCAUGACAAUGGUCUCGUUCUGGGAGACAUUACUCUGUCCGACAUACUUAUAUCGGAUAAUCUGUGGAUACAGGUUAUGCCUAGACUGUCAGCCAACAUCUACAACGCACCCUCAGCUACAACAACAGCUGAUCAGCUGGGCGGCAAGGACGAUCAGCUGACACAGCAGCGGACGCCAGACGACAGCAGUCAGCUGACCGAGUCGCAGACGCUGAGUGACAAUCAGCUGUUGGGUGGUGACAAUCAGCUGUUGGAUGGAGACAAUCAGCUGACAGCUGGCGAGCAGUGGCGGAGAGGGGAGCUGGGUAAACUGUGUGAGGCGUGGGCCAGAGGUCAAAUCUCAAACUUUGACUAUUUGACUGCUUUGAAUAAGCUGGCUGGAAGGAGGUACGGUGACCCCCGUAGCCACCACGUGUUCCCGUGGGUGACGGACUUCACGUCUCGCAGUGGUGCCAACUGGCGUGACCUCACUCGGUCCAAGUUCCGGCUCAACAAGGGUGAUAGACAACUAGACCUCACCUACGAUCUGCCUCCUAAUGCUAGUGCUAAUCAGGUGCCGCACCACGUGUCAGACGUGCUCUCAGAGAUCACAUACUACGUCUACCUGUGCCGAGUGACUCCCAAGGCUGUGCUUCAGAAGUACGUGAGGCCACAAUGGGUGCCGGCUGAGUAUCCUUCCUCUAUACAGCGGUUACAACAGUGGACACCUGAUGAGUGCAUACCUGAGUUCUUCACUGAUCCCACCGUCUUCAAGUCAGUGCACCCAGAUCUGCCUGACCUUGAGGUGCCCAGCUGGGCUGCAUCAGCUGAUGACCUGGUCAGCGAGCACCGCGCCAUCUUGGAGAGUGCACACGUCACACAGCGGCUGCAUCACUGGAUCGACCUCACAUUCGGAUACAAAUUGUCGGGUGUGGCAGCAGUGAAGUCGAAGAACGUGUGUCUGCGUAUGGUGGAUGGUCACACACGGCUCACAGAUGUGGGCGUGGUCCAGCUGUUCAGCCAACCCCACCCUCCCCACACUCAGCCCAACCCUUACAUGGACAAGGCACCGCCCACUCUAGCCAACGCCCCUCCGAGGGAGAGGAGACGUGGGACGUGUGAAGAAGAAGAGGGAGGUCAAAGUUCAGGUGUGGAGGAUGACGAUGUGCAAAUUCCGCGGUCUUCACCCUCGGGCCUAUCCAGGAUAUUGAGUCGGUCCCGGACAUCUUUACAUACAGCCACAACAACAUCCAGUACAACAACACCUCUAUCGCCUUCAUCGGAGCAACAACAGCAGGAUAAGACAACAACAGCUUCCCCCUCCAUAAUUCUGCCACGUGAUUAUAAACCGGUUGCCGCGUUGGUGGCCUGUGAAGCGCUCUACAGCUUUCUGCAUAGGACUUGUCAGAUGCCGGUAGUCGAUAGCAGUGCAAGUAGUUCGGCAGAUGACCGCUUGGCAGCGCCACCGUCUUCGUCGCAUGAUAGCAGCUAUAAGCAGAUUGUAGCCGCCAGGAGGGUACAGGAAAUGGUGGUGCUAGGCUGUCUGAUAGUGGAACUAUUCGUGCCCUCCAAACUGCACGUAUUUGGUUAUGGUCUACAACAACAUUCUCAACAACAGCUGACUACAACAACAACACAACAACUACAGUCAACAACACAGCCUCCUCUGGAGCGGAGGGCCGAGAUUUGUGGUCGCCUCUGCGCCACACUGCCACGAUGUGUCAAGCAAUUGGUACAACUUUUGCUGCCAACUGGUAAUAAUACAGGGGGCGCAGUAACACCCCUGGGAACUCCACCCCCUUCGGCCCAUCAGCUGUUGCAACCCAGUCUUUCGUCUAGUGUGCUACCGUUCCCUGAUACAUUCCCACAGGUGUAUAACAUGUUCAGGUGCCUUCAAGAAUACGAAUCUGCCUUACUAGAUCUACAGAGAGUUAUGAUUAAAGACAGUCUGGAUGGUGUUAAUAGAACAGAGGGCCUGGGAUCACUUGCUGAGCGCAUCAAUGAACUGAAGGUGAAAAGUCUGGUAGAAGACAUAGAAAACCUGGUGGAGCGUUCGUCGGCGUCUCUGGUUUCAACCCCUGCUUGGAUUCCACUUCUGUUGCCGCAUAUCCUACCUCUGCUCUCGUCACAUGAGACCCGUAUCACGGCAUCCUGGUAUUUGUUCGACCCUAUUGCUAGAGCUCUAGGCCCGGUGCAAUCAAGGCAGAUUCUGUUGGAACCAAUGAAGAAGUUGUAUGACCGGGAAGCAGUGACUGAAGCCGAAUGUGAGAACGCCACACGGCUCAAGAAACGUAUCAAAAUAUAUCACAGGAGCUUUCUGCUGCGACUAAUUGUGAGAUUUGGGCUGAAAACGUUUCUGGACCACUUCACUCGACCUCUGGUGGAGGCUGUCGGAGGAUAUCAUGACUUUGAUAGCACUUCCAUUUGUGGUAUAAGAGCUGCCAACAACAUAGCUGCUGGCAACUACGGUGACGUGGAUGAUGCUCUGUAUGCUGGUAACAAUCCUUUGUCGCCACUGGAUGAGGAUUCAUCAGUGGAUUCAGCGGUCGAACCGGUUCCUGUCUCUCAAACUGACAAAGAUGCCUGUCUCACCAACAGACCUGAAACUGAAGUGUUCGUAUUCGAAGCGGAAGAAAGUGAAACUGAAGACACUAACACAGCGACAGCAACCGACCCGUCUAGAACACUGAACCUUGACGAUCAGCUGUCGAUUGACGAGCAGACGUCAGCUGACGAGUUGCCCUUGGACCAGGGUGAAGGUCACAGCGGGGAGAGUCAAGGUCAAGGUCACCAGCCCAGCUGGCGCAGCCGACAACGUAGCGAGGACUCGUUUAGUUGCAGCGAUGUCGGCGAAUAUACUAAGUUGUAUGUGCGCGAGGUGUGUGAGGUGAGCGCGGAAUCGGUGGUGUGGCUGGCGCAUCGGCUGGGACCAAUGCUGACUGCGCGCUUUUUGUCGCGGGAUCUACUGCGCAUGCUCGCACUGUGCUAUACGGGCGCCGACAAUCUGGCUACACUGCCGUCGGGGACUGCUAUCACUGCUGCCACGUUGCCGCACUGUGCAACCGCUGCUGCUGCGACGUUGCCGCGUGGUGCAGAGCAGAUGGGAGUGCUGGUUGGAGAUGAGUCGGCCGGGAAGGUGUUGGAGUGUUUGGGGCUUAUUACUGCUCUGUACGGUGACCAAUUCGUUGUACUACAAUUCCUGCCGCACAUCAGCGAUCUGAUAUCGCUGUGCAAACGCAAACUAACGCUUAACCUGGAGGGAGGCCUCAUCAGCUGUCUAGUCCUCUUCAAACAUGUUCUGCCAUUCAUAUCCGAUGCUGUUCUCAAUGAAAUACUCCAGGACGUAAUUCUGAAGACAGUGCUCCACCCGGCACUGCGCCUGGUCUCCUCGUCUCGCCUGGCCUACCCAUCGGGCGCGAACGCCCGGUGUGUGGUGGCCCUACGCCUGUUGGAGGCCAUACUCACACUGGCUCACAGACUGCACACUGAGCAGAGGCCUCACCUGGUCGCCACCCUUCAGCGAUACUUUCUGGCCUUCUCCAAGCCAUGCACCCCCAAUAAACACACUCAUCGGUCCAGAUCUGUGGAGAAAGCCAGUGCCUCUAGAGUGAAAGAGUAUGACUCGGCUGACUCUUGUUCGCCUCCUAGAGCCGCUUCACCUUCUACAGAUACCAGAACGUCCAGUAGUGAAGAUCAACGAAGCAAGACUUUGGACGAAAUCAAGAAAGUUCUGGGACCGUCGUUGGCCUAUCUGUCGUUCACUUCGUUUGCGAAUUUCUUUGGCGAAGGUUUCAUGGAGCAAACGCUCAAAAACUACGAUCUCAUACAGGAGUUGUGCAGGGUUUACAGACGGGAACAGGCUUCUUUGGGGCAACCUGUACCAGGUCCAAUAGACAUUCCAUACAUAGUAGAGUCACAGCCUGAUACAGCUGAUGAGGUCGGGAGCUUCGGUACUGUGAUUGGCAACAGAAUAGAUCUCAAGGUAAAUCAAAAAACACACCUGAAAGGUAACUGGUUGGCCUACUGGGAACAUGAGAUAGGCCGUUCAGGCAAGGACACCCGUUUCAACAUCAAACAGAUCAAGCUGCAGAGUUUCGGAGGUCACUCAAACAGUGUUCGCGCCCUCCAUGUGUUGGACAAUGAGAACAGCUUCCUCAGCGCCAGCAGAGACAAGACUGUUAAAUUGUGGUCGCUAAGAAGUCAGGGCGACGGCACCUCGACCACGGCACCUCAAUGGACGUACACCGGACACCGCAAAUGCGUGGUGUCCCUGGCGUUUGUGCCCGGUGUCCGGCUGGCCGCAUCCAGCGACAGUGAGGUGCACCUGUGGGAUCCGUUUGUCGGCCGACUGGUGUCCCACUCUGACUCACGCCAGCUGCCGCCUGUCAACCUGCUCAAGGCCCUCCCUGCACCGUCGCACUGUCUCCUAGCUGCCACUAUGGACGCCACACUCAAACUGUUCGAUGCCAGGAGUCUGAUAAACAAUGGAGAAAUCAAGGUGUCAAUGAACGCAACAGGUGGUGUGAUUAGAUGUAUGGCGGUGUCGGAGAGCAGGCAUUGGGUGGCCGUGGGUCAGGCCAGUGGCCAGCUGACUAUCAUCGACCUGCGCACUGGUGGCGUGUUGGCUUCCUGGCGGGGACAUGAGGGAGAGGUGUCAAUGAACGCAACAGGUGGUGUGAUUAGAUGCAUGGCGGUGUCGGAGAGCCGGCAUUGGGUGGCCGUGGGUCAGGCCAGUGGCCAGCUGACUAUCAUCGACCUGCGCACUGGCGGCGUGUUGGCUUCCUGGCGGGGACAUGAGGGAGAGGUUUUACAACUUGCAGCUGUGGAUGAUCAGACGAUUGUCAGUUCUUCUCUGGACCAGGCCGUGUCUGUAUGGAAUGCGACCGAUGGAAAACUUGUCUGUCACCUGAAGGGCCCAACAGAACCCCUGCACUGCCUCUCAGUACAUGGGGACGAACUGAUUUGGGGCACCACUGCCAACAGGGUGGGGGUGCACACAGGAGGGGUGCGCGAAGGAGGGGCCACCUACACCUCACUGCGCCUGCGCACUGAUUCCCUCAAAGGACUGCUCACAUGUAUGCAAGUGUUGCCUAAUAAUCAGCUGUUAUUGUUGGGUGCUGAUAGUGGCGCUAUCACUCUGAUUUGCUAAAGUGUGACUCACUUUAUCCAGGUCUCUCAGUUGAUCUAGAUCAAUUUGCUAGGGUGAGAUCCACUUCAUCAUGAUCCCAGUUGAUCCCAAACAAUCAGUUGUCAACCUAGCUCCGCAGUGCAUGCUUGUCUGACUCGGACUAGGCGCUGAGACAGCAAAAUAAUAGUAGCGUUGGUGGGAAUGCGAGCGGCCGCAGUAACAUCUUCCACCCAGCAAUGGUC